AUGCAAGUUCCCGCGGGUGCGACCGCUAGCUAUGACCACUUGCUCAAGCUUCUCCUUAUCGGCGACAGCGGCGUGGGGAAAAGCUCGAUCCUGCUGCGAUUUUCAGAGGACGUUUUCAACGAGAAACAACUCUCAACCAUCGGCGUCGAUUUCAAGGUGAAGGCAAUAACGGUUGGAGAUGCGAGGCUGAAACUCGCCAUCUGGGACACAGCAGGACAGGAGCGAUUUCGCACGCUCACUUCGUCUUACUACCGAGGUGCCCAGGGGAUCAUCAUGGUCUAUGACGUGAGCAACCGCCAGUCGUUCUUGGAUCUGCAGUCUUGGCUAGACGAGAUCUACCGCUACUCCACGAAUGCAGAUGCCGUCAUCAUGCUCGUGGCGAACAAAAUCGAUAAACGGACGGUCGAAGUCGAGCGGCGCGAGGGAGAAGCUUUUGCGUAUCAGAAAGGAAUGCUAUUCGUGGAGACCUCGGCAAAGACGCGCCAGGGAGUCGAUCACGCCUUUGAGGAGCUCGUGCAGAAGAUUCUCGACACUCCGUCGCUCCUCGAGAACACCUCCCCUGUGGGCGCUGCGCCUCGCCAGCUGUCUUACUCUCGCGACGGGGAUGCGGUGAAUGCGCCGUCGGGGUGUUCGUGUUAA